UUGGGUGAACUAAUAACUUAUGGCUUACAAACAUAUGUAAGUCAUUAGUUGAAAAUUUUAACUUAUAGUUUCUGACUUAAUUUUGUUGUUUUGUCUUAUAAACAAAUCCGAACACAACAAAAAUGUUUGAAUAUGUAAUGCAAAUUAAGUAAUACUACUGUAUAUAGGAGGGUACGUUGCAUCUUAGUUAGCUAAGAAUUUCCUUGAUUCAAUUAGGAAGUAUCGACCUAUCUGGAUCUGCAUCCAUCCACAUUAUUCUUGUCACAAUUUCCUUUUUGACUUUAGUGCUUGAAUUCUCCGCCUACAAAUUUAUGAGGAGGAAUCCUACCAUCAAGAUUCAUAUAAUGUUGUUAAUCACGUCCACUAAUUAUAUUCUCUGAUAUUCUGUAACUUCAAGGACUGAUUUUAUGCACCCUUUUGCUUUAUCAACUAAAGUAGUAAUUAACAAUGGCAUACUGGCCUAGUACCCUCCAAUCAAAUUAUGCAAAUCCGCCAUGGAUGAACAAAGCUGACAAUGCUUGGCAAUUGACUUCAGCCACCCUUGUUGGCCUUCAAAGUGUGCCAGGUCUUGUCAUCCUUUAUGGAAGCAUCGUCAAGAAGAAAUGGGCUCUUAACUCCGCUUUGAUGGCCCUUUACGCUUUUGCAGCAGUCCUUGUUUGUUGGGUUGGCUGGGGAUACCAAUUAGCCUUUGGUGACACGUUAGUUCCAUUUCUUGGAAAACCAGAUAUUGAUGCGUUGGAACAAAAGUUCCUAAUGAGUCAAUCAUUCAUUGGCAAGUUUCCAAAUGCUUCAAUGGUCUAUUUUCAGUUUGUGUUUGCGGCCAUCACUUUGAUUUUAAUAGCUGGUGCCCUGCUGGGGAGGAUGAAUUUCAUUGCGUGGAUGUUGUUUGUUCCUCUUUGGCUUACUUUUUCAUAUACAGUGGGUGCAUUUAGUAUAUGGUGCCCUCAAGGUUGGCUGUUCAGGAUGGGAGUUAUUGACUAUUCCGGAGGUUUUGUUAUUCACCUCUCUUCUGGUGUUGCUGGUUUCACUGCUGCUUAUUGGGUUGGACCAAGGGCACCUAGAGACAGGGAGAGGUUUCCACCAAAUAACAUACUGUUAAUGUUGGCUGGUGCUGGCAUUCUAUGGAUGGGAUGGACAGGAUUCAACGGCGGUGAUCCAUAUGUAGCUAGCCUUGAUGCAUCCUUAGCGGUCCUUAACACGCAUGUAUGUGCUGCAAUGAGCUUGCUAACUUGGCUAAUGUUAGACAUUCUGUUCUAUGAAAAGCCUUCUGUGAUUGGUGCUACCCAAGGGAUGAUCACUGGCUUAGUUUGCAUUACUCCUGCAGCAGGGGUGGUGCAAGGUUGGGCAGCAAUAAUAAUGGGGUUAUUGUCCGGAUGCAUUCCAUGGUUCAGUAUGAUGUUCCUUCACAAGAAAAUGUGGUUAUUAAAACAAGUAGACGAUACCAUGGCAGUGUUCCACACACACGCGGUAGCAGGAACCUUAGGUGCGAUCCUGGCAGGUGUAUUGGCAAAUCCAAGACUCAGUCGCAUCUUUUACAUGGUUGAUGAUUGGACAAAGUAUACCGGCCUUGCUUAUGUUAUUCAAAGUGGGAAGUACGAUGCAGGGCUCAGGCAAUUAUUGGUACAAUUGAUAGGUAUCGGUUUUGUUUUCGCUUGGAAUGUCAUCAGCACUAGUGUGAUUUGCUUAUUAAUUAGGAUGGUGGUUCCUUUGAGGAUGACAGAGGAAGAGGUCAGUGAGGGAGAUAAUGCAGUACAUGGAGAGGAGGCCUAUGCAUUGUGGGGUGAUGGGGAGAAAUUUGACAACUCAAGGCUCCAGUUAGGUCAUGAAAUUGAAGAAGCUCCCUUGUCCAAAAGUGGCUAUGGACUUUGAUUGGACUGAGUCUGGUGUGUUACGACAUAUUAAAAUAUUUGUCAAGUUAAAUAAUUCUUAAGACUUUCCCUCUUGGAAGGUGUCCUCUAAUUGUAGUCUUUAGAUACAAUAUUUAUAUGCUAUCAUACAAAUACUUUAAUCUGGACAGUUUGA